CCUGGUCGUACAGAUAAUGAGAUAAAAAACUACUGGAACACCCGGAUCAAGAGGCGUCAACGGGCUGGAUUGCCACUUUAUCCACCAGAAGUGUGUUUACAAGCUUUACAAGAGAGUCAACAUAGCCAAAGCUCUGGUGGACUUAAUGGGGACAAUAAAAUGCAUCCUGAUUUCUUGCAGAAAAACAGUUAUGAGAUACAAGAUUCUAUAUUUGACAGUCUGAAGGAUAAUCAGGGAAUCAUACCUUAUAUGCCUGAGCUUUCUGAUAUUUCUGUCUAUGGCAAUAUGCUGAAAGGUUUUGAUUCUUCUCAGUAUUGUAGUUUUGUGCCACCAACAUCACCUAAGCAUAAGCGUCUUAGAGAGUCAACAAUACCAUUUAUUGAUUCCAGUGAUAUGAGCAGAAAUGGUUUAUAUCCAUUUGAUCAAAUUCGGGAUAAUAAUUCUGAUGAGAUAGCACAAUCAUUUGGAAUGCCAGCACCCCUUGAUCCUGGUCCCUCCUCGCACAGCUCAAUUUGUUACAGCCAUUCACUUUCAAAUGGCAAUUCCUCUACUUCUAAGCCAACUUAUGAGGCUGUGAAGUUGGAGCUCCCUUCACUCCAAUAUCCAGAACUUGAUUUAGGUAGCUGGGGUACAUCUCCCCCACCUUCUUUGCUCGAGUCAGUUGAUGAUUUCAUUCAGUCUCCUACACCAAUUAGUACUCUGGAGUCAGAUUGUUCUUCUCCACAAAAUAGUGGCCUUCUGGAUGCUUUACUUUAUCAAGCAAGGACUCUGAGCAGUUCAAAGAACCAUUGUUCUGACAAGAGUUCAAAUUCUUCUACUGCAACCCCUGGUGACAGAGCAGACAGCUCUGCUUUGAAUGUGCACGAGACAGAAUGGGAAGACUAUGCUGAUCCGGUAUCCCCAUUUGGUGCAACUUCAAUAUUGAACGAGUGCCCUGCUCUUAAUGCAAAUGCAAAUUCAUUGGACAAACAGCUACCCGUUCAGACCUUU